AUGGUGAAAAUCUGUCCCGACAUGAAUUCGGAAGACGUUAGCGCGAUCAAAAAUGCACAAGGAUAUGCCUACGCAGUGCAACUAACUCGUUGGCUACUUCUACCUUUGGGUCUUUGGCCUACGAAAUCCAUUAUUUAUCAGAAGAUUCUACGCCCGGUCGCAAUAUUGCUGUGCCUCUUUAUCAUGCUUUUCGUCAUCAUUCCUCUCUGUCUUUUCAUUUUUCUUGUCGUCAAAGACUUGGGGAUUCGCCUGAAGCUUAUCGGACCCCUAGGCUUUGGACUCAUGAGCUUGUUCAAAUAUGUCGUGGUGAUCGUCAAACAGCGUGAUGUGGCCUCCUGCUUUCUGGGCAUGGCUGUCGACUGGCAGGAGCUGUCCAGUUUGAGUGAUCGAAAGGUCAUGCUGAGGAAUGCAAAAACUGGUCGACUGCUGACGAUCAUAUGUGUGAUUUUCAUGAUCUUCGGAGGUAUGCCAUACAUCACCGUUCUACCUCUAACCAAAGGGCCCAUCAUGCGGGGUAACGUCAGCCUCAGACCUUUGGCGUAUCCCAGUUAUUUUGUGUUCUUUAAUCCACAGAUCCGACCAAUUUGGGAUUACGUCUUUGUGACACACUGUAUGUGUGGUUUGGUCAGAUACUCGGUCACCUGUGGCGUUUACAGCAUAGCCAUCCUCUGUAUCAUGCACAUCUGCAGCCAAAUUACCAUCACGUCGUCGAUGCUCGACAGACUCGUUGAAAAUUUUGACAAUAUGCUGCUCGGCAAAAUUGUCACCCAGCACUUGCGGUUUUUGAAAUUCGCUUCAAAACUAGAAGAUCUUUUCAACCAAAUAUGCUUGGUGGAAGUCUUAGGCAGUACGUGCAUUAUUUGCUUCCUUGGAUACUAUCUAAUAACGGAAUAUGAACAAAGAGAACCUAUAGCCACAGUUACAUAUUUCCUCCUGCUGUGUUCGUUCGUGUUUAACAUUUUCAUCCUAUGUUACAUUGGAGAAAUAUUGACAGAACAGUGUGAAAGUAUAGGAACAACCGCUUACAUGAUUCGCUGGUAUCAUCUAUCCGGAAAGGAAGCGCGAAACGUCGUGUUGAUAAUUGCAUCGACGCAACGUCCAGUCGUGAUGACAGCCGGAAAAAUGGUCAACCUCUCGCUUCAAAGCUUCACAAACGUGAUAAAAGCUUCAGCAAGUUAUCUGAAUAUGCUUCGGACCGUCACAGCGAACGCAAACUAA